AUGGGGGUUGGUGAUGACAUUGCACCACGUUUUACACAGAAGCCAUCAUUAAAACAAGAAGAUAAUGGACAACGUUUAGUUUUUCACUGUACACUAGAAGCCUCACCCAAACCAGAUAUACAAUGGUUUCAAGGUACCACUCCAAUAACCGGAUCAAAUCGGAUAAAAAUGCGUGUCGAUCCAGCUGGUGGUGGACAAAGUUUCAAUGUGCAAAUGGAAAUAGUAAAUGUGACACAAAAUGAUGCUGGAACAUAUAAAGUGGUUGCUAAAAAUAGACUUGGUGAAGUUUCUGCUUCCAUAAACCUCAAUUUUAGUGGUAAGAUAUCUUAUAUAUAUGUCUAA